AAAAAAGAAUAAUUUAGAAGAUGUCUUUCUAUCCUGGCUAUUCUGGCUAUCCUUAUGCAGCAGCACCAUUGACAACCUCAAUUGCAUCACCAGUAACAUAUGCUCAACCAGUGUCAUAUGCUCCUUAAUUGUCAUAUGCAGCUCCUGUAUAAUAUGCAAGACCUGUCACUUAAUCUGUCGUAUAGCCUGUUGUUGCUCAACCUGUUGCUGUUUAACCAGUUUUACAAUAAUCUGUUAUUGCAUAACCAGUUGUCCAACAACCAGUCUAACCAGCAAUCAAAGGAGAAUCUAGAGUUGAAUAUAGAGAAUACUAAAGACCUGUCGUUGAAAUGGAAACUGAGACUGUUUAAGUCUAAGUCCCAAAAACAAAAUAUGUCACAGAUUAUUACCCUGUUGAAUAUUAAACAGAAUAUAUCCCUAGAACAGUCUAUGAAUAAUAAACUGAAUAUGUCCCAGUCACUAAAACAGUUCCAAGAGUAGAAUAUGAAGCAAUUGAAAGAGAAGUUUAAAGAGUAUAUAAUUUUAUAUAUAAAUUUAGGCCUAACCGGUGGUUGUUUAAUAACCUGUUGUAUAAUAAGUUGUUCAAUAACCAGUCGUCUAAUAAGUAGUAUAACAACCAGUUGUUUAAUAAGUCGUACCUUAACCCGUUGUUUAAUCUGUUGUCUAAUAGCCAUUGUCAUAUUCAUUAGUAAGACCAGCACCAACAUAUACUGCACCUGUUGCUUAUUCAAGUGUAGCUCCUGUAGCUUCAUAUCAAGGAUAUUAUGGAGGAUACAGACCCUUCUGAUGGUUAUUUUACAAAAAUAAAUAUAAAUAUAUCAAUCUAUCACAA